UAUCGUGAUGCGGUGGCGUACAGAGGAAACACAGAGCUCAAGGCAGACACACAGUUGGAAGCAGCAGGCUGAGUUCUGGUGUCUGCCUGGUUGAGGUUAUUACAGUAAACAAUUGUCACUAAGUGUUUUUGCGGUUGGCCCCCUAUCUGCGUCACAUUUCUUUUUUCGGCAAGCAGAAGGGCGUUCUCUCUGGUGUGGAGAGUACCACUCUGACUCUCGUCCGGCCUUUGAGAAGGGCAAAGUCGUGAGAGUGGCGCCCUGAUGGGGUCAAGAACAGACAACAGUUCAGAUAGUACAUUAAGAAUGGAUGACAACGCUGACAACAACCUGAAAAGACAAGCUACGAGAGUUUUCAAGAAGAGCUCAGCAAAUGGAAAAAUUACAGUGUAUCUUGGGAAAAGAGAUUUUGUAGACCAUCUCUCACAUGUCGAUCCAAUAGACGGAGUUGUGCUCAUUGACCCAGAGUAUGUGAAAGAGCGUAAGGUCUUUGGCCAUGUUCUAGCAGCGUUUAAAUAUGGGAGAGAAGAUUUAGAUGUUCUUGGACUUACAUUCCGAAAAGAUUUGUACCUUGCAGCAGAACAAGUUUAUCCUCCUGAUCCCGUGGCAGCUGCAUCACCCAAGCGUCCUUUGACACGGUUGCAGGAGCGAUUGAUUAGAAAAUUAGGCCCCAAUGCUUAUCCUUUUUAUUUUGAGUUACCACCUCACUGCCCAGCCUCUGUCACACUCCAACCAGCACCUGGUGACACUGGUAAACCAUGUGGAGUUGAUUAUGAAUUAAAAGCAUUCGUAGGGGAUUCAUCAGAUGACAAACCACACAAAAGGAAUUCAGUUCGAUUGGCCAUCAGAAAAAUAAUGUACGCCCCAAGCAAACAAGGAGAGCAGCCGUCUGUAGAAGUCAGCAAAGAAUUUAUGUUAAGCCCAAACAAAUUACAUUUGGAGGCAUCACUGGACAAAGAGCUGUACCACCAUGGUGAAACAAUUGCAGUUAAUGUUCACAUAGCAAAUAAUUCAAACAGAACUGUAAAGAAGAUAAAAGUAUCAGUGAGACAGUUUGCAGAUAUCUGUCUCUUCUCUACUGCCCAAUAUAAGUGCACCGUUGCUGAAGCUGAGAGCGAAGCGGGAUGUCCUGUUAGUCCUGGUUUUACUUUGUCAAAAGUGUACCAGGUGAAGCCCCUACUUCUAAACAACAAGGAUAAGCGAGGCUUAGCAUUGGAUGGUCAGCUGAAACAUGAGGACACAAAUCUAGCAUCCUCCACAAUAGUGACAGAUCCAUCACAGAAAGAAAACCUAGGAAUAAUUGUUCAAUACAAAGUCAAAGUGAAACUCUGUUUAGGAGCUCUUGGAGGCGACCUAGUAGCUGAACUGCCUUUUACUCUGAUGCAUCCCAUGCCAGAUGAUGAUGUUCCUGCACUUCCUCCUCGUCUAUCCCCUGCACAUACUUUACCACAAGCAAAUGGCAAUACGGGUGAUAAUGUUCCUGUUGAUAAUAAUUUGAUUCAGCUGGACGCUGAUAUAGCUGAUGGAGAGGACGACGAUAUAAUCUUUGAAGAUUUUGCCCGAUUACGGCUGAAGGGUGAAGAAACUGAUGCUUAAUGCUUCAAACAGAAGAGUUAGGAAGAAAUUGAUCAAGGCUGGAGGGACCAGGCCUUAGGAAGGCCAAAAUAUUAAUGCUGCCCCUGAUGGAGCUAGAUGUAGGCUUCCAGAAGGCAUGAAAAUGAAAAUUUAUACCUAGGGAAGUGUUACAGGAGUGGUCAACAGAAGUAAGAAUUAGAAGCUAUGGAACAUUACAAAUUUUCCACUUUCUACUAAUAACCAUUACUUAUUGAUUUAAAAAUGGCUAUUUCUUAAAUGGACCAGGUUGUAAUUGGCAAUGUAAAUGCUAGUUCUGCUUUCCUCUUUCUUUAUCUGUUUGAUUGAAUAUUGAGAGGAUCAACUCUUGACUAAUUCUGUCUGAGAAAUGAUAUGUUAAAUUUAGUCGUACAAAGCAUGUUGCUGCUGUUGCAUGUGCAUAUAUUUUACUUUUUUGUUUAUAUCUGUGUUCUAAUCUUUUGUUGAUAAUGGUUUUCCAUUGUUCACGUUUCUGCGCCAUUUUUAUCUUGCUCACCAUUGACAGCGUUUUAAAAUAUGUGCUGUGUUUCUGUUCUAUUGCCAUGUUUCCCCCUCUUCUCCCCUUCCCUCUCUCCCUCUCCCUUUUCAGCUGUUAACUCCAGGCUGGUCUUAGGCUGUGAUGAUGUGGUUCUGACCAAUUGGUAUUUUUUAACUUUUUAUUUCUUUAUCGAAAAGAUUUCUGUGUUUCAUUUUCUUGAAAGUUUGUACUUUCAGCUAAGAGUAUGCUGGAACUAAUUUACAUUUUACUAUGAUUUCAGUCAAUCUUCAUUCAUUACUUUUUGUUGUCACUUGUUGAUUUUUCAAACUUUAUUCUAUCUAACUUCUUCUGCUCUUGAAGUUUCUCCUCUUUUUGAGAAAGAUACUGGGAGAGUGCAUGUAAAAUGAGCAAGGAGGCAUUAUUUCUGAGCACAUUGGUACAGUGUACAUGUACUUCUGCAUUUUUGAUAUUUUGCAUGUAAUACGUAUUCGUAUUAGACAUCAUUUACCAAUUAAGAUUUUAAAAUUUAACUUACUGUUUUAAGAACAACAUUUUCUAGUUUUAUUGUUUUGUUAUCACGAAUCAAAUUAUCUGUGUCUGCUAGAAGAAUAAAUCAAUUGUUAUACUCCAUUUGAAAAGUUAAGUUAAAUGCCAAUGACUUUGCUGUGGAGAAAUUGUGAGGAAAUCAUGUUUUAUUUAAUUUUGUGCAAAUUGUGUUAUAUGCUUUUAUGUAUGUUAUACUAAUCUAAUUACCCUGUAAGUUCAUUUAUUUCGGACUGGGCAAUAUUUGAGGUGACAAAGCUUUUAGCACAAGUUUUGUGGCCCAGCUGACAAGAAUUCCACUAUUGAAUUACCUUUUACAUGUACUUGCAUUUACUAUUUUUGUUUGAUCUGCCUGUUUUGGUGGAAGAAAUGACUGAGAUGUUGGUACAACAUAAAAUUUAAACAGAGGUUUGUCUGGUCUGUCUUCAGUGGUAUUGUUUUGAAAUCAAGAAAUGUAGGUUACAAUUUUUUCCGUGCCAAGAGUUAUGAGUUUGAAUCAUUUUUACUACUGUUGAGCAUUUCAUUUUUACUAUUAAUCUAUUUUAUUUUGUGUUGGAAAGUUUACCACCCAUUAACUAGGUUACAUUAGAACUUUUCUCUCAAGGUGUAUUUGAUUUGUUGUACUGUAUUAUUGUAUUACUCCUAUGUGUUGGGUGUGCAUUUUUUAAAUUACUUGUGCCUAUAGGAUAUCUGUAAGCCACCUUUUCUGAAUUUUGCAUCACAGUCAUUGUUAUUGAAAAUUGUUCCUCUAAUAUAUUUAACAUGUCUUCUCUCAGAUGUGCUGCUUGUCACCAAGAAGCUUAAUUGUUUUUGAUCAAUUUUUAUUGUUUUUAUCUACUACAUUGUAUAAAAUAAGGUUUUGUUGUGUUUUAAUGAUCGAGUAGCAUUACUAUACAAAAGCAUUUGUAAAUUAUUGCCUUGCAUUCACCUUAUUUUGAUACAAUGCCUUCAUACAUAGUAUGCUUAUUGCUAUAUUAAAUCCCUGAAUGAUUGUACUUUUCUGUACUUCCUCUAGAACUGCCUACUACACUAAACUUGUCAAAUCAUUUUUUUGCCCGCACAAAAUUUUUCCUUUCAACUUAUUUUACGCUGACUGCGCUCCAAGGUAAACAAAAAAAAAAAAUGAAACCUAUGCUGUCAGUUGGCUUCUCAACCUCAAUGUUCCUUACUCAACGAGGGCCUGACCUGUGACCUGUUUUGUGUCUUGGAUUCAAUGGGUAUGAGUAAUUGCAUUGCCAUUAGUUCUGAUCAUAUGCAUUGUCAUACAUACAUUUUAAAAGAUCUAGUUACCUUAUAGAUACCUUUCAAUUGACAGUUGAUGCAAUUCUUAAAGUCCAGUAGAGAACUUGCUACUGUAUUGUGACAAGAAUGUGCCACAAGAAUUUGAUGUUAGAGUAUAAGUUGAUGUAACACCAGAAACACAUUCAUUAUUGUGUAUCUAGGGAUGUUAUUGUUUGCCCAAUUGUAAGUCAUUUUAAUACUCACUGUACAUGCACAAAGUUCAUGCAUUCCAUGUGGUACUGUUUUCUUGAAGUGUUACCCUUUACAAAACUACCAGUAGUUUGCAUGACAUAUCGGCAUGCAUCAAUCAAUACAAUGAUAGAACAAAUAGUCUUACAAUAAGGCUAAUGAAAACUCUUAAUUGUAAAUAAAAAUAAUUAUACAUAUAUAAAUACAUACAUAUAUAACAAUAUAUUUAUGUAGUUAUGUUCAUGUGUCCUAUCUUGUGUGUGAAAAUAUUUGUAAAAACAUACGUAUUCUCACUAAUUUUCAAUAACCUUUUUGACAAUGAAUGGAAGGAGAAAGCACAAAAAAAAGAAUUUUUUCUGUUUUUGUUUUUUUAACCCUUUUAACUUCAUAAUUGUUAAGUAUGUCUUUACUCAUGGUUCCACUUCACAGAAAUCUUUUGUUUUAAUCAAUUAAUUUACCCCUCCCCUCCCCUACUUAAUACACAUUUUGCCUUUUAACUUUAGGUCUAUUUUGUGUAGCUUUUGACAUUCAGAUAAAAAUGGUUUUAUAGGUUUUUGAUUUGCUUCUUGUUCGUCUAGUAAUGUCUCCUGUAAAUCAAUUUUACUUCCAUAUUUGAUUGAUAUAAUGGCUACUGCUGUUGUAUUUAGUUUUUUCUACUGAAUGCCCCUUGUAUUACAAUGUAUAUGACACAGCAAAAUGGAACCGAAAAAAUUAUAUAAGCCUUUUUUUGUUUUCUGUGGAUGGAAUUCUAAUUUAAAAUAAGACUGAGUUUGCAGUCGAAAGAAAAGAGUACAGAUUCUGUUAAGUCUCUAGUCAUUUGCGUUUACCCUUAUUUUGAUGUAUUGGGGUGCAUUUCCAUGUUGUGGUAUCGUGCAAUCAAAUGGUGAAAUCUGUGUAGCUAGCAAUAACCCUUAUUCACAUCAAGGUUUUACAAGCACUACUUACAACAUAUUCUUCCGUCUUCUACAUAAAAGAAAGACUUAACUCUAUGACUUCAUGACUGAAAACUGUUUUGACCUUGGGCCAACUGAAAUGAAAGUUUUCCUGUGGGCGGUGGUAUGAAUUCCAAACUUCUACAAAUUUGUCCGUCCUGGAAUUAAACCAUAGCAAAGUUUUAGAACCAAAUUGAUACAAAUGUCCAACUUUGACAUAUUUUUGGCAUACUCUUUAUCCAUGCCAGUCAGAACUUAAUUAAUUCAAGAGGUGUGUAUCUAAUGCAUGUAUAGCCUCAUUAUUUUAAUUUAUUCUUUUCUUUUUUCAAAUCUUCUUUUAACAUUUUACAGUUACAAAGUGGGUCAAAAACUAGGAAUAAAUUGCAGGAAUAUGUAGGCUUUGGCUAGAUACUUGAAACUUGAUCUACACAUGAAAGCCAAAACCUAGUGUAAAUUUGUGUUUCUUAAUCUAGUGUAGUGGAUAAAGGUUCAUACUUUACCCCAUCCAAUUUUGGACAGAAAGUAGAAACACAAUGUGCAAACAUAACAAUAGUAGUUCUGACCAAUGUUGUUUCAUGGACUGAAUGUGACCUAGAAUUCCUCCUCAAUUAAAUUUGUGACUAUCUGCUGAUAUAUGACAUCAUAUUUUAGUUCUGAUUCAUAGUGAAACUUGCUUUUAUUUGUGUGCAUAGCUAAACAAGAAAAUGUAUUGAUUUAUGCGUUGACUCCUUUGCCUCAACAUCUCAGAUGGCCUUCGUAAUUGUAAUGUUGAUUUCAUCUAUUUUGAAAUUUGUGUUUCAAAAGCAUUUUAGUGUAUUCAAAGAAUGUGGACUUACUAAGAUUAAUUUAGCUGAUAGUAAAGCUCUUAUAUACAUAGCAUUUAGCUAAUAUUUCUCAUUUGCCAUUUGUUUCUUUGCUGUGUUACCAUAUGAAUAGCACCACAAAUGGUUACUUGGCAAAACGGGAAAAAUACCGGAUACUGUUUCCUACAUUGUACAAUAUUCUAAUUUUUACUGAAAUAAAUAUGGAGGUCAACAGUCUA